CCCUGCCUCCCGCGCCCGCUGCAGCGCCGCCGGGGCCGAGCGACCGAGGAGCCGCGCGCGCCCGCAGCCUCCAGCUUCCGCGCCGGCGGAGGGGAGCGCGGACGGACGGACGGACCGACGGACGGCGGGACGGCGGGACUGGAGGGGGCCGGGCGCGCGAUGGCCCUCGGAGCGGGCCGCCCUUCCCCGCCCGGGCCCUGGCGGCGGCCGGGGAUGCGCAGAUGUCCGGACUGCAAGCCUGCACUGUGCUGAGAGGGAGAUGACUUGAGAGGCCAGCUUUUUAUCUCCACAACAAUGUCUAUGAACAGUUCCAAACAGCCAGUGUCUCCUGCAGCUGGGCUCCUUUCAAAUACAACUUGCCAGACGGAAAACCGGCUUUCGGUAUUUUUUUCAGUGAUCUUCAUGACAGUGGGAAUCUUGUCAAACAGCCUUGCCAUUGCUAUUCUCAUGAAGGCUUACCAGAGAUUUAGACAGAAGUCCAAGGCAUCGUUUCUGCUUUUGGCCAGUGCCCUGGUAAUCACAGACUUCUUUGGCCACCUCAUCAAUGGAGCUAUAGCAGUCUUUGUGUAUGCUUCUGAUAAAGACUGGAUCCGCUUCGACCAGUCGAACAUCCUUUGCAGUAUCUUUGGUAUCUGCAUGGUGUUCUCCGGUCUGUGCCCACUUUUUCUAGGCAGUGUGAUGGCCAUUGAGCGCUGUAUUGGAGUCACCAAACCAAUAUUUCAUUCUACGAAAAUUACAUCCAAACAUGUGAAAAUGAUGUUGAGUGGAGUGUGCUUGUUUGCCAUUUUCAUAGCUUUGCUACCCAUCCUUGGGCAUCGAAACUAUAAAAUUCAAGCAUCGAGGACCUGGUGUUUCUACAAAACAGAACACAUCAAAGACUGGGAAGAUAGGUUUUAUCUUCUGCUCUUUUCUUUUCUGGGGCUCUUAGCCCUUGGCGUUUCAUUCUUGUGCAAUGCCAUCACAGGAAUCACACUUUUAAGAGUCAAAUUUAAAAGUCAGCAGCACAGACAAGGCAGGUCUCAUCAUUUUGAAAUGGUCAUCCAGCUCCUGGCUAUAAUGUGUGUCUCCUGCAUUUGCUGGAGUCCAUUUCUGGUGACAAUGGCCAACAUUGGAAUAAAUGGAGAUCAUUCUCUGGAGACCUGUAAAACAACACUUUUUGCUCUCCGAAUGGCAACGUGGAAUCAAAUCUUAGAUCCUUGGGUGUACAUUCUGCUGCGGAAGGCGGUCCUUAAGAAUCUCUACAAACUUGCCAGACGCUGCUGUGGAGUGCAUGUCAUCAGCUUGCAUGGGUGGGAGCUUAGCUCCAUUAAAAAUUCUCUAAAGGUUGCUGCUAUUUCUGAGUCUCCAGUUACAGAGAAAAUAAAUCAGCAAGCACCUGGUUUAAUAGGACAGUAAAGCAGUGUAGGUCUAGGGCAAAAUUCAGAAAAGAUUUGUCAAUAUUUCAGUUAAUUGGAUAGAGAUAGAAAGCCAAACUGGAAAAUUCAGACCUCAGCAGUUAGUGUGGGGCCACUUUUGUCAGAUCUGGCUGUUGAGAUUUGCUAAAUUCACUGUACAACUGUAUCUUUUCACUUGUUUUUUUGUCAACUGGAGGUAAACAUGAUGAGAUAAUGCCAUGGAGUCCAACUGAAAAAAAUUGGAGCUUAUUUGUGUUAUUCGCGCUUUUGAAUGAAUGAAGCCUAAAGCAUUUACUUGGCCUAUUUGUCAAAGAACAUCUUAAUACUUACCUGCACAGUCAAAUAGCUGUUUGGGGGUCACUGCUCUGCAACUGUUCCUUAUAAACGAGGUUCAAUGAAGUGGAGCACCCUCACUGUUGGGUCUGGUCUGUUAUACUCCUCAUUAUGUAGCUUCAAUCAGUAGAUGUAGGGUCAUGUCUCAUGGGAUUCACUGUGGCUUGUUAUAAUGACCUCCAUGACACCAAAUGUGGCUGUCAGGUUGCCUGACCUCACGAGCCUCUUUAAAAUGAGCCUGUCCUUGUCAUUUUGACAAAUAAAACUGCUUGCAUGUAUUAUUGUGAAGGUAAAUUCUUGUUUGAAGGUUUUCUGUGUGAGUCGUAGAUUUGCACAGUUUUCAAAUAAUCUCCUUUUCCUGUGAAAAUUCUAGUGCGCAGUAAAUAAUUUUUGGAGAAACACAGGCUCUAUUUCAGCACAUAUAUAGGCUAUUUGCAUUAUAGCAGUUCCUAUGAAGCUCUGCCAUGGAUAAUACAAACCGAACUUAAACCCCAGGGAUGGUUACAAAGAAUGUUGGCAAAGGACCUCUACUUGGACUUGUCAUUUCUGUAUCAGAGAACAAAAGAAACAUAAUCCAUAUGCAAUAUUUAAAAACUAUCUGCAGCUAGUGUGUUUGUGCUUUCUAUGCAUGCACACACACAUACAUAAGCAUAUCAAAAAUUUCUUUUGAAAGCUGGUUCAUUAAAUCUGUAGGAUGGCAUCUUCUAAAGCCUAUGCUAUCUGUGUCAAGGGGAAAAUUGGCAAUUAGUUGGGCACUUGGAGAUCAUUCUUAUGGUUACCCAAGAGAUCAGGGGAUAAAGAUCUCUCCUCAAAUUUCCCAGUAACACUUUCGGCUUCUUUGCUUAUUUGUAUAAUUCACCCCCUCCCCUAAAUUUUAGUAAUCAUUGAAAAUGUCCUGGGGCUAUCAGAACAUAGGGUAGAUAGUUCUGCUUCAUAGUAAAGAAAUGUAUUUCUGUAAAAGAAUUUUUUGCCUUCCUUACCUGUGGUCCAUUUAAAAAUUAACCUUCUCUGUGAGACUGAGUUCAUAUUCUCCGGGAAAUCUAUGUGGUUCAACUAGACUUAAAUUAUUAUAUCCACAAAUUCUUGCUUUUGACUGGUAAUUUACAUUGGAAGUUGUUGAACUUCAGUGAAUUUUGGUAUAUUCUUAUGAAUAAACUAAAAGAAAUUAAGCAAAUAGCUUCAUUGAAGAUGUAAAGGAAACCACUUUUUCCAGUGAAUUUAAAAACAAGAUACAUGCACACACACAGAGGCACACAGUAUUCUUUUUUUUUUGGCACAUGAUAUUCUUAAUUUAAGACCAGUAAAUGAUGAAUUACACAAAGUUUGGUUAUUCUCAUAUAUGGAACACAUAGUAUAUGCUCAAAGAACACUUGCCAAAUUGAAUUACAGGUAAGAAUAUUUUUGAUGCAAAAUGAACAUGGGAUUGCAACAAUUUUGUGCAUUUUUAUUUAAAAUGACAAUCACAUAUUGAUUAUUUUGAUAUAUAUGUGUGUGUGUAUAUGUAUACUUGAAUAUCCAGUGUAGACACUUUAAAAAAAAGCCAUUGCAAUUUGUGAUUGCUGUUACAUUACAUGAAUGUUCUCAUGUGUUACAAGAGCACUUAAAGCCCAGAAAUUAUAGAUGGUUUUGAGGAGACAUUUAUUUCCCACAGUUAAGAGUGUUGGUGUCCUGGAAGCUGAGGCACAAGGAACCACAGCUUCAUCCUUCCUCCUCAUGCUGGAUAGGAUGCUACAGCAAACACUUCCAUGUAUUGUGACCCAGGAGAGGCGUGCAGAGAAACUCUCGUUCAGGGUUCCAGGCCUCUUCUCCGUAAGGCUUCUAAGUAGAUGGCAUCACGGUUGCUCUAUUGCUGUGAUGUCACCUAGGCCAUGUGUAUCUAUAUUGAGGAGCUACUGUGACAUUACCAUAUAUGGGAGUGCACGGGUGUGUAAGGUGUUAGGGAAUGACAGAGAGUCACUCUCUGCAUAUCCUGGAAGGAUUAUCUUUAUUAGCUGAGUACAGGUGUAGGGUAAUGAAGUUGGUUUUAGAAUGAGGUCAAACUCGAGUAGUAGACACUAAAAACUGAAAAAAAAAUGUAGUAAAAGAAUAUGUGUUGACAUUGUGUUAGGCCUUUUGUCCAAGGAAAAUGAAAUAAAGUGAACACAACAAUAUGCAUAUAUUUGACUUCAGAAUUUUAUUUCUAUUAUUAUAUAUAUUUCACUGUAGUUUGGCAUCUUAUUAUAUGUUGAAUAAUAGAAUGUAGCAUCCAUCAACAACUUUCAUGUGAGCAUUUCAAGUGAAAGUACAUUUGUGCAGUUACUGGAAAGAAAUUGUACAAAUAGUGUUCAGCAGGUUAACCAAUUCUGAAACUUUAAGCUGUUUUAAAAUUUAUAAUUAGACCCUCAGCGCAACUGAAAUUCCCUUCUCACUGGGUAAAGUAGUAUCUAAGCAACUUCACAUACUAUUUGAUCAUGUUAUUCCUGGGGAAUUUUAUUAUUCGGGGCAAAUGACUGGCAAGUGACAGGUUUUUUUCUUUUGUUAGUGAAUUUAAAAAUGACAGAAAAAGCCAAUGGCAUAUGGUUUUUAUGAUCAUGGAUACCAAGACAGAUAAUGCGGACUCAUAGUUAGUUUGUAGGUGCAUCCCACUGCAUCCCACUUGUCAAUGAGGAUUUAAGUAAGUGACAGAAAUAGUCCAAUUUUUUCCCCAAGGGUUGAAUGUUGCUAAUUUGUAUUGCUGAAGUGCAAAAUACCUAAAAGUUAACAUGUACACACACACACACAGAAAUAUAUCUGUCUUAUUCAAUAAAUGGUCUUUUUUGUGCACUUUCAGUCUUUAAAAGAAAAACCUGUCUUACUUUUGCUCUAAUCUGAAUUUAGAGCCCAGAUAAAAGCACUUGCUAAAACAACUUUUUGUGAAACUUCUGCUAACUUCACCUAUAUUACCAUCAUUGCUCCAAAUUAAUAAACUAAGGUCAGGAUAUGAAAGAUGGGAAUGUACAUCUUCUUACUUCUUCAUUUGGAUGUCAGAAUAUUUUACCAUGUGGCAAAUAAUGUUGGACUUCAACUUGUUACUGAGGUAUUUCAACAGUAGAUGUUAUGUGAAUAAAUGUAUUUUGUGUCCUUCGUACUUGCUGGACUAUAUGAGAUUGAACAGUAAUAUGUAUAUUUUGUUGCUUGUAUUAGUGUGCAACUCAUGUAAUUUUAGUGUUUUGACUAUUUUAAAACUUCAAACAAAUGAUUUAUAAUAAACUUGGACUAGUGUUUAUCAAGAGUGGCUAUUUUUAGGAAGGUCAUAUGAAGCUUGAAACUUUUGAACCUAAACUUCCAUUUUAUCUAUUCAAUGAGAAGAAUUUCAAAUUCUUUUUAUUACCUUUUUUUUUGUGGUCCACCUAGGCAGGGUCAUAGAUUUGGAUGAGAAUCUGAUAAUUUUCAAAACACGCUGGCCUAGGCAUGUCA